CAUGAAUAUCCCCGCUUACCUUGGCAGAAUCUGCAUUAGAAAGGCACAAGGGCAUAUUUCGACAUCAGUAAUGAUAACGACUAACUGCAUGGGUAUCGUCUCCAUAAGUGAGAUAUAGCUUUACGGGUUGACGAAUGAGACUCAAGUGAGCCAUUGGGUGGACUCCUUAUGCUACGGACAUUUCAAAUAAACUUAACUGCGAUACCUCCAUUUAUAUCCGAAAUGUGUAUACUCCUCUCGAUACCCCAUACUGUUGGCGGACCCCUGGCAUUGAUGUGGAACCGGGCAACACCAACAGGAAUCAGCUUUACCGACAUUCUCACACUAUAUCUUAUAUAUAUGAAUGGUAUAAAUGAGUUCAGAACAACCGGCGAGUUGCUGCGUUCGCUCAAUCCCCCUUAACUUCGACACAUUCCAAAAUGUCAUUGAUGGAAAGCUCUCACCCACAGCAAAGACUCGUCGAUCGAUAAACCCAUGGACACUGGAAGAGAAUCCAGACUCACCUCUCAGCACACUCGAAGACGUUAACAAGGCCGUCGAGGCUGCUAAGAAAGGGGGUAAAGUAUGGGCAAAGACGCCCUGGGCCGACCGGAAGAAAGCUAUCGAAGCAUUUGCAGAUGCAAUUACAGCUGAGAAAGAGAGCUUGGGACACUGGAUUGCGAGGGAAGCAGGUAAAACGUUCGAUCGCGGUCAAUUAGAAAUCGACAUUGCCGUCAUCAACAUGCGUAUCUUUUGCGGGCUUACGCUUGAAGAGGAGGUGCGAGAAGACACCAUCACAGAUCGGGUUUCUACGCGAUACACGCCUCUCGGGGUCUCAGCCGCCAUAGUGCCCUGGAAUUAUCCCGUUGCUAUCGUCUGUACGAAGGCCGCCCCGGCGUUACUAACGGGGAAUUCCAUCAUCAUAAAGCCUUCGCCAUACACGCCGUACUGUGCACUAAAAGUCGCUGAAAUAGCCCAACGCUUCUUACCUCCUGGGGUAUUUCAAGUCCUCACUGGCGAUGACAACCUUGGCCCGUGGUUGACGGAACAUCCUGGUAUCAACCAUAUCUCUUUUACGGGCCCGACUCAUAUAGGGAAGAAAGUGGCAGAAAGCUGCAGCAAAACACUUAAGAGAACUACUCUUGAGCUAAGCGGCAAUGACCCGGCCGUCAUAUGCGCUGAUGUAGAUCCAACUGUGGCUAUCAAAAUCGCAGCUUUUGCUUUCGAAAAUGCGGGACAGAUCUGCGUUACUAUUAAACGUCUGUAUGUCCACGAAGCCGUGUAUGACGCGGUGUUAGCGAAUAUCGUCCAAUUUGUGGAGAGCCUGAAGGUCACUAAUGGUUUUGUGAAUGACGUGCCUAUUCAGCCACUUGCGAACCGAGCUAGAUUUGAGGGUAUCAAAGAACUAUUAGCCGAUAUUGAAGAGAAGAAGUUGAAAAUUGCGACUGGAGGUACUAAGCCGCUUCCGGGAGCAGGCGAAACGACGGGAUUCUUCGUUCUUCCGACGGUUAUUGAUAAUCCCCCGGAUGGUUCUAAGAUUGUCGCUGAGGAGCAAUUCGGGCCAGUUCUACCUGUCAUCAAAUGGUCGGACGAGGAAGACGUGAUCAGACGUGUGAACAACUCUCCCUGUGGUCUUGGGGCAUCCGUCUGGACACGAGAUAUGGCGCAAGCCGAACGCAUUUCUAGCCAGUUCGAGACAGGUAAUAUUUGGACCAACACUCAUAUGGAAAUCCUACCUUACCAUCCAUGGGCAGGCACGAAGGAUAGUGGCCCUGGGCUUCAAUCUGGUGUCGAGGGUCUCAAAACGUACUGUAACAUGCACACCGUCAGGGUAAAGCGAGGGAUCUAAGCCAUUUGUGUGAGUAAAGAAAUGGGUCAGUCAUAAUCGAUACUCCAGAGCAAACAAAUCGUUAUUGAUAAAUGCGCUGUCCCCCUCUUGAAGUUACUGGCGAUCGUAGGGCGGAUCUUCCGUGAUGGCUUGGAGCGCUAGGAUAUCAAAGUUGUCCCUACAUUGCGCACCUUGGUGAAUUCGACGGGAUUUGCUAUAUUCCUUUUGUAUUUCUUCUUUCCGUAUCUCGCACGCGAAUAUAAGAAAAUUUGAAUGUAUACCGAAGUGAAAUGAUGGGUUUUAUGUCAUGACUUGAGAUGGAUAUCAAUGAAGGGAGAAAUGAAUUUUAGAGUUAAUUGGGAGCGCUAUAUUCCCUCUAAUAUCCCCUAUAAUCGGUAGGCUCCGCGUUUAGAAGGAUAUUCAGAAAGCGGAAAAUAGUUAUUCUUUUAUCCACAAACGCUUACCUCGAUAGAUAAUUAUCUUAUCAGCGGAAGGU